AUGAAGAUACCAUUGAUUUUAAUUUUUACUAUUUUCAUAUCAUUGGUAUACUCUCAAGGAUUCAAUUACAAAUCACCUGUGCCAAAUAAAUAUCAAAAUUCUUAUGAUCCUAAUGUCAACAUAACAUCACCGUUAACAAUCCAUCUCAUAUGUCACUCUCAUUGUGAUAGUGGUUGGUUAAAAACAUUCAAUGAUUAUUUUCAUGAUGAUGUUAAAUAUAUUUUAGAUGGUAUCGUAGAGAAUUUAGUAUCCGACCGUUCAAAGAAGUUUAUUUGGUCUGAAGUUGGAUUUCUUGAAAAGUGGUGGCAACAAACAACACCAAAUAAAAGAUCUCAAAUUGUGAAUUUGGUUGAAAAUGGACAGCUUGAAUUCGUUGGAGGUGGAUGGGUAAUGAAUGAUGAAGCCUGUCCAGAUAUAAACUCUAUCAUCAAUCAAAUAGCAGAGGGUCACCAAUUCCUUGCUGACACAUUCAAUUCCACUAAAUUGGCACGUCCUGUCAAUGGAUGGCAAAUCGAUCCAUUCGGACACAACACUGUAACGCCAGCUCUUCUCUCUGCCAUGGGUUACAAACAUCUUGUUUUGAAUCGUAUCGGUAACGAAGUGAAGGCUUCCAUGAGAUCGAGCAAUGCCGAUCUUCAGUUUGUAUGGCGUGGAAAUCCAAAGACCGGAAUCAACUCUGAUAUUCUGGCACAUGUUCUCGAUGAUCACUAUUCAUUCCCCAACUCAUUCCAAUCGUACUAUGUCGAUCCAAGAUCCUCAUUCGAUAUUCUCUUGCGUGAAGGUGAUUAUAAACGAAAAAUAUAUGGAUCGCCAAUUGUCAUGAUUCCAAUGGGUGACGACUUCCAAUUCAAAGAUGCAAUCGCACAGUUCAAUCAAAUCGACUCUGCCAUUGCAUUCAGUAAGAUUCUACAACUUAAAGAGAACUCCAAAGUCAUCAUUAAAUACAGUACUCUCAGAGACUAUUUCGCAGAGUUACAGGAUCAUGUAUCAUCAACCAACCAUCAAUUCAAUCAAUAUGUUGGUGACUUUUAUCCAUACGGUAGAAAAGGUGAUUGGUGGACUGGAUACUUCACUACUAGACCAGGUGUUAAAGGUUUAGCUAGAUCUGCACAAACUGACUAUAGAGUUGCUCAAAUGCUUUCAGUUUAUAAUAAUAAUAAUGAAUUAAGUGAAUUAUUAAGAGAUGCAAAUAGAAAUAUAUCAGUUGUACAACAUCAUGAUGGUAUUACAGGUACUUCUAAACAAGAGGUAAUUGAAGAUUAUACAUUUAGAUUACACGAUGCUAUUAAAAAGAUAGGUAUAGCAUCAAGUGGUUCUAUUAGAUCGUUGGCAAAGAUAAGUGAUACCUACAAGAUAUCUUCAAUUCAAAAUCAACCAAUUGAUUUACAAUUUAAAUUGACACCGAUCGUGUUGGUAAACUCACUUGGUUGGAACAAGGUCGAUGUUCAAUCGAUACAAAUCAACUAUCAGCAGGUUUCACCUACAGCUACACAAUGUCCAGUCAAGCUCAUGUUGGACAGUGAAAGAGAGACCGACUACGACUGUGUUGUACUCUCGAGUAACUCAUCGGUUAUCGUAGAGCUCUCGUUCAGAACACAGGUCGAACCACUCGGAAUGACAACGGUAUUCAUCAACAACGAACCAAGCUCCAAAGUGAAAAUCAUUAGACCGAUCGUUGAGACUACUCAACUCGAUAUCCAAGUGCGUCCAGAGUUGAAACUAAUAUUCGAUCCCAUCACAAGAUUGCUUUCCAAAGUGGAAAUGAAUGGUGCUGCUGGAUAUCGUGCUCAUACAGUCGAGGAUUGUCAACAUACUAUGAAGUAUUACUAUGAUAUUGGAGGUGCUUAUUCUUUCGUGCCUAAAAACACCGAGGCAGCUCUUCCAAAACCAAUCGUUCACUCUAGUAUCAUACCAGGAAAGUUCAAACAAGUGUACAUGACAACUACAUCGACGAGUAAAUCUAGUUUCCAAGAUUUAACAAUUGCCUACACCAUCAAGAACUCUGGUGAUAACAUACAGGAUGGCAAGUUUACAGUUGACUAUCAUAUUCAUGGUGAGAACAACGAAGAUAUCGUCAGCAGAUUCAUCACCGACAUGCCAAGCAGCCAAUACUACACAGACAAUGGAAUGUUCUUAAUGAAACGUGAAUCACUACCGUUCAACGGUGAAAUAGCUGAAUAUACAUUCCCAACCAUUGCAAUGACUGUUUUAAAUGAUACUAAAAAGACUUUUGUUUGCUAUAACGAUAGAACAAGAGGAACAUCAAGUCCAAAGAAAGGUGAAUUCGAAUUCUACAUUCAUAGAGCAUUGCUUCAAGAUGACAACAAAGGUUUAGUUGAAAUCAAUCGUGAUGUAACUUGGUUAAAUGCAAAGGAUCAAUGUUAUUUUACUCAUGGUGAUGGUAGCUCUGCUGCCAAUCUCAGAAAGAAUCAAUUAAUCUUUGAGAACCGUUUACAUGCAUUCUCAAUCAAUGGUCAAAUUGAACUAUCAAACUUGAACCAAUUUUCAAUAUCUUCAAAAAUGAUAUCAGAACAAUUACCAAAAAAUGUUCAUUUAUUAUCAUUCGAAAAGAAAGGAAAGAAUUAUUUAGUAAGACUCAUGAAUAUCGAUGAUACAAAUACAGUUUCGUUAGAUUUAAAUAUCUUUAUUGCUGAUUUCUUUAAUUAUCAAGUGGUUGAGACGGAUUUAACUGGAUUAGAAUAUAUCGAUAAUAUUAUACCAUCUCCACCAAACUUCCCUAAAACAUCGAAAAAUAUAAUUAAUGGUCAAGCUAUUAAUAAUACACCAACAAAAACGAACAGAAUUUCCUAUUAUACCGUUACUAUGGACCCAUAUGAGAUUAAAACUUUUUUGUUAUACACUAGCUAA